AUGGCCUCAGUAGCUCCACCUCAAGACCCUAGCCUCAAAACGGCCAAGAAGAGGAAACGCCCCUCCCACGCAGCUUCCACAGCCGGAGACGCAGCUCCAGCGGCAAAGAAGCAGGCCGAAUCCACGCCCACCGCCUCAUCCUCCAAGGUCAAGCUGGACGAUGCACCACUCCCUCCCCUUCCUUCCGCGUCUGCGCCAGCUCAGGCUCCAGCGGACGACUCGAUACCAUAUGAGCGCGUCCCGUUCUCGACCCUCUCCCUUACACCUCAGACGACCUCGGCGAUCGAGCGGAUGGGGUUCGAUACGAUGACGGAAGUCCAGGCGAGGACUAUCCCGCCUUUACUGGCUGGGAAGGACGUACUGGGGGCUGCGAGGACAGGGAGCGGGAAAACUAUUGCUUUUUUGGUGCCCAGUGUGGAGCUGUUGAGCACAUUACGGUUCAAGCCUGUCAACGGCACCGGAGUCAUCAUCAUCUCGCCUACACGAGAGCUUGCACUGCAGAUUUUUGGCGUUGCCAAGGAGCUCAUGCAGGGCCACUCGCAGACAUUUGGGAUCCUGAUGGGAGGCGCAAAUAGGAAGGCGGAGGCGGAUAAGCUGGUCAAGGGUGUGAACCUGAUUGUGGCGACUCCAGGGAGACUGCUGGAUCAUCUCCAGAACACAAAAGGCUUUGUCUUCAAGAACCUGAAGGCACUGGUCAUUGACGAGGCGGACCGGAUUCUGGAGAUUGGGUUUGAAGACGAGAUGAAGGCGAUCAUCAAGCUGCUCCCUGAUGAAAACCGUCAAUCUAUGCUCUUCUCCGCCACCCAAACCACCAAAGUCACCGACCUCGCGCGCAUGUCCCUCCGUCCCGGUCCCCUCUACAUCAACGUCGACGAGCGCAAAGCGGCAUCCACCGUCGAUAUGCUAGAGCAGGGCUAUGUCGUCUGCGACAGCGACAAGCGCUUCUUGCUGCUGUUUAGCUUUUUGAAGCGCAACCUCAAAAAGAAGGUUAUUGUGUUCUUUUCGAGCUGUAAUUCGGUCAAGUACCAUGCGGAGUUGCUCAAUUAUAUCGACGUACCGGUUCUGGACCUCCACGGCAAGCAAAAACAACAAAAACGAACAAACACCUUUUUUGAAUUCGUCAACGCCCCAUCCGGUAUUCUCCUCUGCACAGACGUCGCCGCGCGCGGCCUCGAUAUCCCCAGAGUCGACUGGAUUAUCCAGUUUGAUCCCCCAGACGACCCGCGCGACUAUAUCCACCGGGUCGGGCGGACAGCGCGUGCCGGCAAGGAAGGGAAAAGUCUGCUUUUCCUUUUGCCUUCCGAGUUGGGAUUCUUGCGGUUCUUGCAGAUCGCAAAGGUGCCGCUUAAUGAGUACAAGUUCCCAGAGACCAAAGUCGCGGAUGUUCAGAAACAGCUCGAAUCCCUACUUUCGAAAAACCACUACCUCAAUACAACAGCCAAAGAGGGGUAUCGAUCCUACCUCCAGUCCUACGCCUCAUACUCUGCCAAAAAGAUAUUCGACGUCAACAAGCUCGACCUCGCCAAGGUCGGUAAAGCGUUCGGGUUCCCCGUACCUCCUAAGGUCAACAUCAGCGUCGGCGGGGUCAAGGCGAAAAAGACAAAAGAGGUCGAUGCGGAUUCGGAAGAUGAGGGGGAUGGAGGCGUGCCGAGGCGGGCGUACUAUAAGAAGAGGACGAAGGUGUAG